AGUGUUGUUGAGGCUCGUGGGACUCGAGUUCUCAGGUUGUAACGGUUUGUUAAGCACCCGUAAGCUUAACGGAAGUAGUGUAGCUCGAGAGAGUCUCUCGGGAGGCUGGAUUAGCCACAAGUUGUGGUGAACCAGGGUAAAAUUCGGUGUGCCUCUUACUCUUCUCUUUACUUCUCUUUUAAGUUUUUUUUUAUUCCUGCGAUUUCUACGAUCAAACGCUAUUCACCCCCCCCUCUAGCGUUGGUCACUUAUUCUAACAGGGGCAGCACCCGGUCCCAGAACUUUAAAUUGUUGCAGAAUGUCUCAACCUCGGACAAGGGAUAUUUCAAUGGCCUCGAAGUAAAUGUCUAUGCAAUCCAACCGCCAUUGUCCUUCUUCUUCUCCUUCUCAAAGGCAUGAGAGGGUGAGGAUAUGGGUCCUUGGUAGGAUUUCUAACCCGAACUCUGUUCAGAUCCGCUUCGGCUAUCACAUCUCCACCGAGAUCACAAAGACAAACAUGUUGGAAGCCCUCUCGUUCAGCUCUAAUUCAUCUCUUGGACGUCACGAUCUGUUUGGCGUUGAAGAUCUUCUCCUUCAUGUAGAUCGUAACCUUCUUCACGCAAGGGAAGCUCCGGGACGCGACGGGAACGCUCUACAUUAGCGUAUAUUCUUUGGUUUCUUUGUCAAUCGCUCCCAGAACAAGCUUACAUAAAGCAACACUUUAACAAAGAAAUCUACAAGAGAGGGAAAAAAAACAAGGAUGACUUCCGGAUUAAUUCCGGAAGCCAUUUUAUUUGGUUACCUAAAAGAAGAAGAUGAAGAAUUUCGAAAAUUGGAGCUGUUGUGGUUCGUCUCUCCCCUCCUUGAAACUGCAAUUCCGUGCUCAAUUUAUAGACCAGAGGUUUUCUUCCUGUUGAUUUGAGAGAGUAGCGUAGAAGAAACCGUUGCUUACUUGGUCAAAAGCGGAGGGUAUGGCCGAACGUUAGAGCAUUUGUUGUGAGAAUUGAAGUCGUCGUUCAGUUACACAUCGAUUUUGAAAGGAUUUGAAUGAUUCACCGCUGAUUUCUUGCUUCAAUCUGAGACUUGGUUGCAAUUCGACUUCACCGCUUCUUUGCUGCUGCGUUGUGCCCUGUUGACCGAGAUGCUGGGCCGAAUUUACUUGAUUGGGGUGGAUGCUGGGCUGAUUUAUGUUGUUUGAAGACCACGAAGGAGCUGAAAUUUGGGGCUGAGUUUUGCUUGCUUGUUGGAAAAAUGGGAGAAUGGCUUUGACCGAGAUGCUAAUUUUUUAAGGUUUGGGUUUUGGCCCAAACACAAUCUUCUUUUUAAACUUGAGUUUCCAUUUGGCUUUUUGCUGCACUUUAUUCCAAAAAUAGGAUAUCUGGUAACUUGGGUUAGGGAAAACAAAAUAUAUUAAAAUAAUAACAUGCAAAAAAAAUGAUUAAAAAGAACUAUUUUUG